AUGUCACUUCUGCAUUUGCCUCCCGAGACUCUAAGACAAAUUUUUGACGAAGUCGGGUCGUCGUUUUUCCACGAGGACGUACGCCGCCUUACGGUCUGCAAACAGUGGUUUGAGUUCGCUCUCCCCACGUGCCUCAAGUGCAUCACACUUUCUCCAAAGACUCUGCGGAGUCUAAUGGCCUCUGGGGUAACAAAAAGGCCAUCGCCGCUCCAAAACAACUUGGAAACUUUACACCUUGAACUGAGGGGGGAUCGGUUAUGCAUCUCUACGUCCUACCCCUCAGAAUAUACGCAAGAGCCAAAUGCUCUGCAAUUUCACAGGCUGCAUACCUUACGCAUACGAGCCUGGGGCUUUCCCUGUCCUCAGCCCUUCGAUAGCGCUGAGGAUAAUCUGCCGCUGCCUACAAUGCAAGCCUUGCUCUUGGUGGAGAAUCUGAGGGUUCUGGUACUGGAUCUGUCUACCGGCUUUCUGAAUUCGACAGGACAGCAAGGAAACGACCAUCAUAUUUGUCCAGCUAUUGGUGCCCUUCUUUGCACACUUCGAACCCUUCACCUACGCAUGCGCAGCAUCUGCCCCGACGUUUUAAUACCCCGGGAUCCCAAUAUCAGUCUGCAGUUGAGCGAGGUAGUCAUCAACUUGAGUCUGAUGGAGAAUCUACCAGGUGUAACAUCAGCGGCCCACUCUAAACGAUGCGGUUCCCAAAGCGGAGGAUUGCUUCAACUGAAAGCGGAUCUAUGCGAACAAGCAGAGGCUCUUGCGACCCAAAUGGCGUUCCCUAAAGUCAUGAGGAUCUUGACUCAUUCACUUCCGCAGUUUGAGACAAAUUCCUUGGAUGUCUUGAGUGGUAAGACUAUGAUCUUAGAGGACGGUAGUGCGUGGGAUGACGAUGGCAAGACCGUUGAGGAAGGCUCAGAGCCAGAGUCCGAGAUUAUGUCAGAUGAUGAAGAUUCUACUCUCCUAGACGAGUAA